AUGAAUCCCGCCGAUCUCCCUCAGUUGAAUGAUCCUCUUCGUCACCUCCUCAAUCAUCGCGUAGGAUGCUUCACCAUUCUGCCAAGCUGCCACCUCCGCCUUCGGAUCCGUAGCAUCGUUAGCCAGAUGUACCAGAAGGAAGACGCUUGGUGGCAAAAGCGGAGCGAUCAUGCGAGGUGGUCGGAAAACAUUGUAUCCCGACGCAACGACUUGCUGUCACUUGUUAUCGUCAGUCGAUUCCGCGAUGAGCUUGAUUUGGACAUCCAGCACGAAUCGCUCUUCCUGGAGUGUCCUACAGUGGCCGAUUUGGAACAAUUCUUGGUUGGAGGCUCUGUUGCCGGUGAUGUUGCAACCGCCUUGCCUGAGCUUCCUGUUCCUGCCGUGGCUGAGACCUUUGAGAAAAAAGUCAUUACUGAGCAUCCAGUAUUGGAUCCAGUUGCACUCGCAGUGCGAAGGGACGCUGUCACCGACUUGGGCGAACACCUGGUUUAUCUCCUCGCCCAACUUCCAGACGUGAAGACGGUUGUCUGCCUGAACCGUGAGAACCGCGACGAGCCCUAUACCCGCCAGCUGAAAGCCAUGCGCGGGAAGGGCAUUCGAUUCCCUGAAGCCCUCAAGCCGAAGCUGGUUGUCCUGCAGAGCGACAGCUCUAAGCCUCUGCUCGGGCUUGCGAAGAGCCAAUACGACAGCCUUGUCGGAUCGGUCACUCAUUUGAUCCACAAUGCCUGGCCGAUGAGUGCGAAGAGGGCCUUAGUUGGAUUUGAGCCACAGUUCCAGGUUGUUCGCAACCUCAUCGACUUUGCCUCUGCUGUCAGCUCCGACAAGACCAUAGUCCCCAAACAAAGCGUCGACAUCGACAGCGUCCUUACAAACGGCUAUGGAGAAGCCAAGUGGGGCUGCGAGAGGAUGCUUGAUAAGACCAUGCAGAAGCACCCAAAACGAUUCCGCGCCAUGGUGGUCCGCCUGGGCCAGAUUGCCACAUCCAAGACUAGCGGGUACACACUCAAUGCAUUGCCCGACGUCCUCGGUACCGUGUACUGGACUCCAGUGAAUGAUAUUGCGGGUACCCUGUCCGAUCUGCUUUUGGCGGAUAAUACCCCAUAUCCGGUAUAUCACAUCGAGAAUCCAGUCGGCCAGCCAUGGAAAGAGACAAAUACCAUAUUGGCCGACGCCUUGGGCAUCAAGAACUUAAUUUCCUUCGAGGAGUGGGUGGAACGCGUGAAGGUGGCGCCGCAACGCAACAAUCCCACAGCCUCACUGCUAGACUUCCUCGAUAGCAACUACCUUCGCAUGUCAUGUGGGGGGCUUGGCUUGGAUGUGAAGCAUACCCUUGAACACUCCAAACCUCUUCAGGCUGUUGGGCCGGUGAGUGAGGAGGUGAUCAGGAAGUAUAUCCAUAUUUGGAAGGAAAUUCGCUUUUUGAACUGA